UCUCUUAUAUCUCUCAAGGCCGAGGCUAGCUGGAUUUCCCUCUUUUCACGUUAACAAACACAUCAAUCUUAGACAGUCGAAAAUUUUAAAGCUCCAUUUCCUCCUCCUUCCUCUUCGGUUCUUACAGUCCUGGUAAGAAUCCCCAUCUCUCUCUCUCUCGAUAUGUCUCUGUUCUUUUAUGUCUCCGCAGUAAUUGAUUUCUUUUCAUGAUCCCCUAAUCACCAAACCCUGAUUUUGCUCUAAUCUUAAUCGAUUAGACCUCAAUCCAAAGCCCUAUUCUUUAGUUUCCUAUUCUAGUGUUGUUUUUUGAUCAUCUAAAUAUUAAUUAGGUGGUCAUUAAAGAGAAAAUGGGUAAUUUCUUCUGAUCUUGUGUGUAUUGGGUUCCCAUAAAAUCCAAAUCUUUUGUACAAAAAAUCUCAUUUUGCAAGUAAAUAAAUUUAAAAAAAAAAAGAGAAAAAAGAUGUCUUCAGGUGUGGCUUUAAGUCCAAUUCAAAGUGAACCUGCUCUUUCCUUUAAUUGCAUGAGUGGGAAACCGGUUCCGUCCCCUGAUGAGUCGAUUUUGAUUUAUCUCUCUGUUUCGGGAUCUGUAAUGCCAAUGCGGGUGCUAAAGUCUGAUUCUAUUGAAUCCGUGAAGUUACGGAUUCAAUCUUAUAAGGGGUUUGUUGUAAAGAACCAAAAAUUGGUGUGUGGAGGCCGGGAGCUUGCCCGGAGCAAUUCCCUUGUUCGUGAUUAUGGGGUCACGGAUGGGAAUGUUCUGCAUUUGGUUCUUAGGCUUUCGGAUCUUCAGGUUAUAAAUGUUAGGACUACAAGUGGGAAACAGUUGACAUUUUAUGUGGAGCGAGGGAGGGAUGUUGGAUAUGUGAAGCAACAGAUUGCAAAGAAAGAGAAGGAAUUUGAUGAUCUUGAUGAGCAAGAGGUUGUUUGCGAGGGGGAGCCGCUUGAGGAUCAAAGACUGAUUGAUGAUGUAUGUAGAUAUAAUAAUAAUAACAAUGAUGCAGCAAUUCAUUUGUUAGUGAGGAAAUCAUCAAAAGUUAGGGCUAGGCCCGUGGAGAAGAAUUUUGAAUUGGAUAUUGUCGCGUCAAGAUUGAAUGAUAGAGAGAAUGUUAGCAGACAAUAUGACACUAGUGAAGAGAAUGAUAGGAGAGGUUAUGAAGUUGAUAGAGGGAUUGUACCGAGAAAGCCUCCUGAUAGGGAUUUUUCAUUGGAGCCAAUUAUUGUUAAUCCCAAAAUUGAAUUUCCCUCUGCAAUCUGGGAUAUGGUUAAUGCUACCAUUGAUGGAUUGGAUGUUGGAUUUGACCCGAUCAGGUCUAUGGAGGGUACAGGAGGGGCUUAUUUCAUGCAGGAUUCAUAUGGAGCGAGGUUUGUUUCUGUUUUUAAGCCACUUGACGAGGAACCUAUGGCUGUGAACAACCCUCGAGGGCUGCCAUUGUCUUCAGAUGGUGAAGGUUUGAAAAAAGGUACAAGAGUUGGAGAAGGAGCUUUCAGGGAAGUUGCAGCUUACAUUCUGGAUCAUCCAGAGAGUGGACGCAGAUCUUUGUUUGGUGGAAGUAAGGGCUUUGCUGGGGUCCCGUCUACACUUAUGAUCAAGUGCUUGCACAAAGGUUUCAACCAUCCAGAAGGUGUAACCAUCAAGAUUGGGUCCCUGCAGAUGUUUAUGGAGAACAAUGGAAGCUGUGAGGAUAUGGGACCUGGGGCUUUCCCAUUGAAGGAAGUCCAUAAAAUCUCUGUAUUGGAUAUUAGGAUGGCCAACGCAGAUAGGCAUGCUGGGAAUAUUUUGUUGGGCAAAGAUCAAGAAGAUGGCCAGACUGUGCUGAUUCCAAUUGAUCAUGGAUAUUGCUUGCCUGAAAGUUUUGAAGACUGCACAUUUGAAUGGCUUUAUUGGCCCCAAGCUCGUCAACCUUAUGACUCCAAGACCAUUGACUACAUAAAAUCACUGGAUGCUGAAGAGGAUAUCGCCCUUCUGAAGUUUCAUGGAUGGGACAUGCCAGUUGAAUGUGCACGCACUCUCCGCAUAUCCACCAUGCUCCUGAAGAAAGGAGUGGAGAGGGGGCUCACCCCUUUUGCCAUUGGAAGUAUAAUGUGCAGAGAGACCUUGAAGAAGGAAUCUAUUAUUGAGGAGAUUGUCCAAGAAGCACAGGAUUCCACGCUUCCCAUAACAAGUGAAGCUCUAUUCCUUGAAACAGUAUCACAUAUCAUGGAUCGCCGCCUUGAUGAGAUUGCUGAAUUAAAUUUCUGAAUUGUGUGGAUUACAUGGGUAUAUUCGUGAAUAUGUACAUGCGUCAUUGUACAUAUGCAUGGCAGGGUCCCUCCAUUGUCUGUAUAUUUCAUUGAAGUAGAUUACCUUCAUUUCAUCAUUGAUUUCAUAUUCUUUCAUGACAAUUAGUUGGAUGUUUUCUGAUUGGACCAAAGAAUGGUCGUGAUUCUUUAUGAUGGAUAUGACACAUUUUAAAGUAUUUUUCUUUUUCAA